AUGAGUACCCCUUCUGUCGGAGCCACGGAAACGACCCUCGUACCGGAGCAGACGGAGCGUCCGUCAUCGUCUUCGCAGGACACUCACGAAAAGGGCAAAUCGGACAGCAAGAAGGUUAACAAUGAACUGGAGCAAUUGACGAAGAAGCAAAAGGCGAGACGCUUCACCCACAAUAUACUGGACGCCAUUGUAAAGGCGGGUACUGGCGGCGGCAUGGGAACGUGA